AUGACGCGUUCUUUUGCGGCAAGCACACUCUUUCCGUAUCCAUUCCCGCAAGUAGCGCAAGCCAUAUGGUUCAAGUACCCUAAUCCGUAUGCGGAGCACGUGUGCUCCAUCGAUGUGCUCGAUCACUCUAUAUGUCCGCGCACGGGAGUUGUGAGUGUUGAUCGCCUGAUCAGUUUGAACCAAAACAUUCCUUCGUGGGCCAAGAGACUCGUUGGCAUUGGAGACUCUUUUUUUGCGUUUGAGCGAAUCCAGUUUCAUCCACAGCGGAACUAUGUUGAGAUGCACACAGUCAACCUCACCCACCGUGAGCUUUUCCAAAUGAACGAGGAAAUAACGUAUGCGCCUGACCGCGAAGAGACGCGAUACGACCAGGCGGCCCACAUUCAGUUUCUAGGCCUUGGUCACAAGCCCAACGCGCUGGUCUCAUCGGCGGUGACCAAAAUUGAGGACGCGGCCCUGACGCGGUUCCGUGAAAAUGCGAAGCGCGGACGUUCGGGGUUCAUGCAUGUGCUCAAAGCCCUAUAUGACUGCCCGGAUGCGUCGCUGUUGCCCAGAAUAAAUAAGACAGGGAAUGAAUCAUGA